AAAGCCAAAAAAAAAUGUGGUGCCAAAAUAUUGACUCAAUUUAGGCGCGCUUUAUUUUUUUAUUAAUUAAAAAUUAAAAUUAAAGUGUUUAAUAAUAAUUUGUUACUUUUGCCUAAACCACGUUAAACAAUAAAUCUAGAAGAAACGCAGUGAUUACAUAUACUCUGCUAGAACCUUUGAAACUGAAGCCCUGAAAUGCGAUUUGUGAUAGAGUAUAUUUUUAAAGCUGUGUUUAACCUACGAUCAACAAUUUAGAUACAUAAUAUAAAGUGUAGUUAAUUCUUGUCCCAGAAAUCCAUUAUUAAUUACUUAUUGAUCUAAUAACUUUAAAAUGAAUUCCCCCAAAGUUUGCCCUUCUCCAACUUAUAAAAAUGUAAAAUUUAAGCAGGUUCAAUCACCUAAAGAACUAAAAGAUAAAUUAAGAAAGGACUAUAAAAACAAGGUACAAAAUUGUCGCAAUAUGCUUUUAAAUAGAUUUCGUGGAUCAUCUGUAGAAACAGACCUUCGGAGCACUUUAACAAACAUUUACAAUGAAAUAUUCAAUGAUUCUAGCAAUGAAUGUCUAAAAACUGAACUCUUAUUGGAUAGUGAAGAAACAAAGAUUUUGGAAGAAAUAAAACAAGAAUUGAUACAAGAUGAACUUGAUUGGUGUCUUGAAGAAUAUGAAAAAGCUCAAAUGGACAAUGUAGAUUGGUCUUUGCUCCAAGAUGAUAAUGUUAUUUGUCCAAUAUGCCAAAAAAAUAAUGUCACUCUUUGCAGUGAUACAUUGUUAUGUUCAUUUUGCAAUAUAAGAGUAAAAACUAGUAAACCACUAAAAGACAUUAAGAACAUAAUUUUUAAUAGCAUAGAAAAGCAUAGUAAUGUGUGCAGUAAUACAGCUCAGUUUUCAACUGUUUGUGAGUUAAAUGACACUCACAUUUAUUUAAUUUGUGAAAGUUGUAUGGAUAUGAAGUUGAUUGUUUAGCCCUAUGAUUUUUACUUAAUAUUAUUUACUUAUUAUUUUUUAUUUAAACAUUCUUUUUAUUUUGAGUUUUAUCUACCUAAUUUUUGUUGCCUAUGAUGCACACCAGAGCAUAAUAUGAGGGUGAACUUAUAUUAAGAUUACUAUAAAUUUCUGAACUUAAAAACAGCUGCACACUUAUACCUAUUUACCUCCUUUGUUGAUUCUUUAGUAGAUACCUAAUUUUUACUAGAUUGUUGGUAUAAACAUUAUAAGGAGACUAAAAUAAAUUGAUUAUAAAAGUUAAAUAAAUUUAGAUUCCCUAAUUGAAUUGUGAUAUGCAAAUGAGUGAGAUUAAAAUACGUUUGACAUUA